GGCUAUUCCAAUUGCCUUUUGGCCCUUUACAAAUUUUCUAACUUUAAAUUGUCGCCCAGGUGAAAGAUCCCGCCACUGUCUCACACGGGCAAUAUCUCAGUCAUGGCAGCUGCAUCACAAGAAUAUCGCCUCAAUUCUGCUUAUAUUUAAGCUCUUCUACACGCAGAGCCCUCAGGCUCAGGUCACAGAUCAUAAGCUUUUCAGUCAUGGCUGCUCCAUCGCCUUCCCAUGUAGUUGUUUUCCCUUAUAUGGCUCAGGGCCACACCAUCCCAUUACUAGACAUAGCAAAAGCCUUCGCAAACCGUGGCCUGAAGGUCACCAUAAUCACCACCCCCUCAAAUGCUCCAUUCAUCUCUUCCAAAACCUCUAACCACCCAAAUAUCUCUUCCUCAAUAAUCCCUUUUCCCAGAGCUCAAGAUUUACCCGAAGGAUGCGAGAACACCGCCGACCUUCCUUCAAUGGCUCUGCUCGCUCCCUUCGUCGAAGCCACCAAACAAAUGAAACAACCGUUCGAGGGAGUCCUCAGAGACAUGAUUAGCGAUGGGUGUCGCCUCAUUUGCGUAAUCUCUGACUUCUUCCUAGGCUGGACACUCGAUUCGUGCCGUUCUUUUGGAAUUCCGCGCAUCGUCUCUCAUGGGAUGGGGGUGUUAUCGAUGGCUAUUUGUAAAUCCGUUGGUUUGCUUGCCCCGAGCGUAAAGGAUUCAUCGGAUUGGGAUCCGAUAGAGUUCCCAAAUCUGAAAGCUCCGUUCACUUUGCUCAAAUCUGACAUCCCUGAAGGGCUCCUGCACGCCAAUCCCGAUGAUGAUUUUGUGCGCCUCUCUCUGGAGGCAGGGGAAGCGGAUAUAAAUAGCUGGGGCGUUGUGGUUAACAGCUUUGAGGAGAUUGAAGGUGAUCACGCGGGUGAAUUUGAAUCCCUCUAUGCGAACCAGGCCAAGGCGUAUUGCGUGGGGCCGUUUCUAUUGUAUGAUCGUCUUGGACACGAUCAUGUGGGGGCUGAGGAGCAAUCCUAUUCGUACAUCAAGUGGCUCGACGAUCAAGCUGAAUCCGGUGGUGUGAUCUAUGUUUCUUUCGGUACGCAGUCACACUUCUCGGAGCAUCAAAUGGACGAGAUUGCUUCCGGGCUGGAGAUGGCGGGCCAUCCGUUCAUUUGGGUUGUGAGAUCGAAAGAGUGGGUCCCGCCAGAUGGAUGGAAUGCGAGGGUGGGGAGGAGAGGGUUGGUUGUACAGGAUUGGGUGGACCAGCGAAGUAUCCUAGCUCACCCUGCGACGGGUGGGUUUUUGAGUCACUGCGGAUGGAACUCAGUGUUGGAGAGCUUAUCAAUGGGGGUCCCACUUUUGACGUGGCCCGCUCUUAGUUUUUCGGACCAACCAUUGAAUGCCAAAUUUGUAACAGUGGGAUUGGGAGUUGGGCUAAUGAGCCCACAAAGAGGUGUUGGAGGAGAGAAAAUCGUGACCGUUGAUCGUGAUGUGAUUUGUGAUGGAGUGAAGGAGUUGAUGGGAGGUGAGGAAGGGAGAAAGGCUAGAGAGAGAGCACAAGCAUUGGGGAGAUUGGCAAGGCAUGCGGUGGAGAAAGGUGGGUCGUCCGAUUUGAAGUUGGACGAACUGAUUGAGCAACUCACCAUAAAAAAAUGUAUGGAAAACAAAGAAGGAAGAAAGGAAUGGAAAAUAGAGGCAAAGGGAGUUGGAAGAAGAUGA